UGCCAGGUGGACAAUCCACCUGACAGGCGUUAGGCUUGCGAUAACUCUCGUCACAGCCGCAGGAUAAUAUUUAGUAACGCACAGUGUUAGCGUUUGAGAUCAUUCUAGGGUGUCUCCUCUGCCUCUUCCACUCGAUCGUCACUCUCGCUGCUCUAACAAUAUGGCUGAGACUACACCAGUUGCUCCUAGUCCUGAACUGUUGGAAUGGCCAAAGAAAGACAAGCGCCGCCUCCUUCAUGCUGUCUACCGUGUUGGUGAUCUUGAUCGCACCAUCGAGUUUUAUACUGAAUGUUUUGGAAUGAAGCUUUUGAGGAAAAGAGAUGUUCCUGAGGAAAAAUACUCCAAUGCUUUUCUUGGAUUUGGCCCCGAAGAAAACCAUUUUGUAGUGGAAUUAACAUAUAAUUAUGGGGUGACCUCAUAUGAUAUUGGAACUGGCUUUGGACAUUUCGCAAUUGCAACCCCAGAUGUUUACAAAAUGGUUGAAGACAUACGGGCCAAGGGUGGAAACAUCACUAGGGAGCCUGGUCCAGUUAAGGGUGGGACCACCGUCAUUGCAUUUGUGAAGGACCCUGAUGGUUACAUAUUUGAGAUCAUCCAAAGAGAAUCAACCCCUGAGCCACUGUGUCAAGUGAUGCUUCGUGUUGGUGAUUUAGAGCGCUCAAUUAAGUUUUAUGAAAAGGCUUUGGGUAUGAAGGUGGUAAAGAAGGUCGAUAGGCCUGAAUACAAGUACACAAUAGCCAUGCUUGGGUAUGCAGAGGAGCAUGAGACAACUGUCUUGGAGUUGACAUAUAACUAUGGUGUCUCUGAAUACACUAAGGGAAAUGCAUAUGCGCAGGUUGCUAUUGGCACUGACGAUGUAUACAAGAGCGCUGAGGUAGUCAACCAUGUCAUACAAGAGUUAGGAGGGAAGAUUACUCGGCAACCAGGGCCAAUUCCUGGCCUUAACACGAAAAUCACUUCUUUCUUGGAUCCAGAUGGUUGGAAAACUGUGCUUGUUGACAAUGAAGAUUUCCUGAAGGAAUUGAAGUGAAGAGUGACGGCUUUGCUAGUGCUUUUGUAAUAAAGUUGUCUAUCAUCGGUGGUCAUUAAACGUCUGUGUCUGCUUCUCUAGUAUUUGCUUGUGGCGAUGUGGUUGUGCAGUUGUCUCGAAACGUGCUUGAUGGUGUCAUCUAUUACCUAAAUAUGAUAAAUCUAUCUAUAGAAAUCUCUCUUUGGUUGUUUCAGAA